AUGGCAGCAAACGCGCCAGACUUCAAGAAGCACUUGCCACCCGCAAACGUCGCGUGGGCAUCAGAAGUUGGCGAUUAUGGCUCCUCUAGAUCCGCCUCGAUGAACGAUUGCGAUGGGUUCAUGCCCUCUCAAAUGUCCGAGAUACCCACUCGCGCUCUGCAAGAAACUCAUAACUUGGUAGAGUUGCUGGAAGCUGCAACUACCGCUGCUGAAAAGGCGCAGGUGUUGGCUAGAUCGGAUACUGCCAACACCAUGAUUACACGGAAGGGAAAGAGGAAGAGAUCGUCGAGUAAUCUAUACAGAGAUGAAGACGGUGCACCGCCCGGCCUCAAGCGCGCUCGAGUGCAUGCGACAGCUACUAAUAAAUCAAGACAGUACGUUGCGCGCGGGGGUACGCUUGAUCUGAACCCGGGCCUUGACAAGCAGGCAGAUAAUGCAGAGCCUAGCGACACAAAUACACCGGGCAUACAUUCGGCUGUAGCCCUUUUCCGCCGACCUUCCGAGAAGGUUCCCCGUAAAUAUACGCGCCUCCCAAUGUCGAAGCUGUUCAUGUCGUUACAGCUCUCUCCUGAAAGCUUCUUGCAUCUGCAAGCCGAAGCCAAAUCGUACAUGCUUGAUUCUGCGCAUCCUGAGCGGCAAAGCUGCGUUGGCAACAGAGGGAAAAGCGAUACUGACAUGGUCAAAUUGCGGUUGUUUAACUGCGUGCGGGGCUUCCUAGAUGGCGGCGCUGGAGAGCGGUUCUUUGGAGAGGGUGCAGCCAGCAAGAGACAAGCGGGGGGUGAGUCUCAAGAAGUUGCCAGGGCAUUAGGAGAAGAGGAAGUACAAACAGACAGUGAUCUCGUCUGGCCAAGAGAUGGCAACAAGCUCAUCAGUCUAGUCACCCCUCUCCUUCGCCGCAUGGUUACCAACGAAAGGCAACGCGUAUACGCCAUCGAAACUCGUAAGGGAGGAGCGAGGGGAAAGGAAGACGUUGUGGAAGCUGCUGAUGGAGUUGCGGCAGCAAUGCAGCAGCAGGAUCCCUCCAUCAGCAAGCUUCCUUCUUGUCACGGCCAUGAUGUUCCGGGCGUCGCUGCUUCAUCUGAUUGUCGCCCCUACUUUACCGCCACCGUCCGUCCACAGCCACGCACAGGCCCAGACUUAACGAAUACAAGCAUGCCGCUAUGUUUACCUUUUGCCUGGUCAGUCGAUGACCCUCCAUCUGGUGGUGGCGAUCCACCAAAUGACCAUGACCGAACCCCUCAUAUAAAACAUCUUAACGUCUUUUUAAAGACGGACAGGAGUAUCUUAGGCUCAGUUCGGUUUCGUCAUACGAUGGAGGCACUCCUCAUCCAGUUAUCUUGGGCUGAUCUGCUAAUUUGCAUCGGCCAUUUGAUGGAGCAAUACGAGCACAGAAUACGUGACUCAUUGCGCAGGGCCAGCGUUGAAAUAGGCCCCGAUACCCUUCGUGGACUUGCUGUCGCGGCCACUAAAGCUCAAAUUGGCGAUGGAGGCCACGAAAGUAUGUCGUUACCAGACACAGAGUUCUCCUUAGGCGCUUUUCCAACAGAUGCAUUGAACAGUUCUAUAUCCGACACAAACGGCUUGCGUCAUGUCUCUGCUGCACUGAGGCCCGAAGCAACACCAAGAGUUGGCAAAUCUGGGUCUACGAAGCCGGUCAUAAGGUCACCCCAACUAAACGAUAAUGGUACUAUACUUCAGUAUCGUAUCGAAGCUAUGCGAUCAAUGGGGCGCGUAGUGAUCGAGAAUGACAGCGACUGGGAGGCAUUGAAACUGGAUGUUGCAUCUGCAGAUUGGGCAGAUCAGACGCUGAAUGCAAUCGCGAUACUGCAAUGA